AUGAAACAAAAGAAAAUAAUCUCAUUAAUUAUUUGGAAGUUCAAUUAUGCACUUUAUUUAGAUAAAAAAUGUGAACUUAGUUUCAAACACAUUAUUCCAACAUCAUCUGACUAUGAUUCAAGUCCACAUUCGGUUGCCAUUGGUGAUUUUAAUAAUGAUAAUUGGUCGGAUAUUGUUGUUGCAAAUUAUAAUACCAAUAAUGUGGGAAUAUUUCUUGGAUAUGCUGAUGGUAGUUUUGGAAAUCAGACAAUUUUCUUUACCGGUUCUAAUUCACAUCCAACUUCUGUUGCUGUUGACGAUUUUAAUAACGAUAAUCAAUUAGAUAUUGCUGUAGCCAAUUUUGGUGCUAACAACGUAGGUAUACUUAUUGGGCAUGGUAAUAGUACCUUUACUGAGUACACUAGAAUUUCACUUGGUUCUUCACGUCCAUGGGCUUUGGUAGUUAAGGAUCUGAAUAAAGACAAUCGAAUGGAUAUCAUUAUUGUUAAUUAUGGUACUAAUGAUUUAACUAUUUUGUUCGGAUCUAGUGAUGGUUCAUUUCGAAACUCAAUGCAUUAUUCAACUGGUUAUGACUCUCGUCCGUAUUCUAUGGCAGUAGCUGAUCUUAAUAAUGACACUCAUCUAGAUAUUGCAAUUAGCACUUAUGGUACUAGUGAUGUCGGAAUUUUUUAUGGAUAUGGAAAUGGAACUUUUCAAAAUCAAAUAAGAUAUUCAACUGGUCGUGAAUCGAAUCCAUCUGGCAUUGUCAUAGCAGAUCUUAAUAGAGAUGAUAUAUUAGAUAUUGCUUUGGUUAAUUCUGGAACUGAUAAUAUAGCUAUUUUUCUUGGAUAUGGCAAUGGGAAUUUUACAAAGCCAAGAAUAUUUUCAACUGGUUCAAAUUCUCAUCCAUCUCACAUCACAGUUGGCUAUUUCAAUGAAGAUAAUGUGCUAGAUAUUGCUGUAACUCAUGAGGGUGCUGAUAGUUUAGGUGUACUUCUUGGUAAUAAAGAUGGAACUUUUGCAACACAAAGUGCUUAUUCAACUGGCUUUGGUUCUCAUCCAAACUAUGUAACUAUAGGCGAUUUCAAUAGAAACAAUCGAUCGGAUCUUAUCAUUGUUAAUACAGGUAUUCAUAAUAUACUUACACUUGGUUCCUAUGCGAAUAAUUUGUCUAUGGAACUAACAACAUAUUCAACAGGUGAAUCUUCGAGACCGAUGUUUGUCACCGUUGGCGACUUUAAUGGUGAUCAUCAUUUGGAUGUUGCUAUGGCCAUUGUUGACAAUAUUAAUAUAUUUCUUGGCUAUGGAAAUGGAAGAUUUUCAAAUAAAAUGAAGUAUUCAACUGGAAAAAAUUCAUAUCCGUACUCACUUGUCACUGCUGAUGUCAAUCAGGAUAAUCAAUUGGAUAUUGUUGUAGCUAAUAGUGGCACAGGAAAUGUUGGCAUAUUUCUUGGAUAUGGAAAUGGAAUGUUUGCCGAGCAAAAGACAUAUUCAACUGGAGAUAAUUCAGGUCCGACAUCGAUUGCCACUGGUGAUUUGAAUGGUGAUUACCGAUUAGAUAUUGCAGUGGCCAAUUAUAAUGUUCAUAGAAUAUGUAUACUUUUCGGUUAUGGUAAUGGAUCAUUUGUCGAUCAAGAAACAUAUUUGAUUGGAACUUUUCUAUAUCCCAACUCGAUUGUUGUUGGUGAUUUUAAUGGCGACAAACGACUAGAUAUUGCUGUUGCUAAUAUGAGAGGUGAUAAUAUUGGCAUAUUUUUGAGUUACGGUGAUGGAACUUUCAGAAGCGAGAUAUUGUAUUCAACUGGAAAAAAUUCUUAUCCGUAUUCAAUGAUCGUUGCUGAUUUCAAUAAUGAUCGUCAACUAGAUAUUGCUGUGGCAGAAUAUGCUAUUGACAAGAUUGCUUUAUUUCUUGGAUAUGGAAAUGGAAGUUUCGCUGAGCAGGUUCAAUAUUCAACGGGAGACGGUUCUCGUCCUACUUCGAUUAAUGUUGGCGAUUUCAAUAAUGAUAGUCGAUUAGAUAUUGUCGUAGCAAUUUCUGAUUAUAUUGGUAUAUUUUUUGCAUCUGAUCAUGGAAUAUUUACAAAACAGAUAAAGUAUUCAACGAAUAUUGAAUCAGCACCACAAUCAGUGAUCGCUGGUGAUUUCAACAAUGACAGCCGGUUAGAUGUGGCUGUUGCGCUUUAUGGUCCCGGUAAUUUGGGCAUACUCAUUGCAAAUUUUUCUGCAAAUUUCGACAUUCAAAGAAACUAUUCAACUGGAUCUCGUUCACAUCCUUCGUCAAUUGUAAUUGCAGAUUUAAACAAUGAUACACAACUGGAUAUUGUUGUGGCUAAUGUAUUUGAUGAAAAUUUCGCUAUUCGUUUCGGCUAUGAUAAUGGAAUAUUUGCACCUGAAACGACCUAUUUCACUGGCUCCGGCUCUCGUCCACAGUAUAUCACUGUAGAUUAUUUUGAUAAUGAUAAGUCAUUAGAUAUCAGCAUUGUCGAUCCGAGCAAUAAUCGUAUUGACGUAUUUUUGGGGGAUAAAAAUGGAAGUUUUAAUAAACAAGUGACUUAUUCAACAGAUGAUCUAUCCAGACCAUGUUCAUUAGCUGUUGGUAAUUUCAAUAAAGAUAAUUGGAUAGAUAUUGUUGUUGCAAAUGAAGGUACAGAUAAUGUUGGUAUAUAUCUUGGAUAUCAUUAUCCUAGUUUUCAAGAUCCAGAAAUGUAUUCGGCUGGCAAUGUUGCAUAUUCAAGUUUUAUUGCUGUUGGUGAUUUCAAUGAGGAUCAUCACGUGGAUCUUGCAGUGACCAAUACUUUUGAUAAUAACAUAGGAAUAUUUCUUGGACUUGGUAAUGGAGCUUUUGCAAGACAAACUACAUAUCCAACCGGUGAGUUAUCUGCUCCAGACUCAGUCACUGUUGCUAAUUUUAAUGAUGAUAGUCACGUUGAUAUUGCGGUAACCAUUAACGGCAAUAUUGGUAUAUUUCUUGGAUAUGGUAAUGGAACGUUUAUGAACAUGGUCACAUAUUCAACUGGCUAUAACUCAAGACCACAAUCAAUCGCUGCUGGCGAUAUCAAUGGUGAUCAUCAACUUGAUAUCACAGUGACCAAUUCUGAAACUGACCAAAUCGGCAUUUUUCUUGGUUAUGGGGAUGGAACUUUUGCAAGACAGAUCGAAUAUCCAACUGGAAUGAUUUUUUCUCCAGAAGCAAUCUAUGUUGCUGAUUUAAAUGGUGAUAAUCGAUCUGAUAUAGUAGUGACUGUCUCAAAUUAUGUUGGCAUUUUGCUUGGAUAUGGUAAUGGAACGUUUGCGAGUAUGAUUAUCUAUUCAAAUGAAGAUAGAUCAAAACCAAAAUCGAUCACAAUUCAUGAUUUCAACAAUGAUAAUCGAUUGGAUAUUGCAGUGAUCAAUCAUGAUCCAGACAGUGUGGGUGUAUUUCUGGGUAAUGGUAAUGGAACUUUUAAAAAGCAGACAAGAUAUUCUACUGGAGAGAAUUCAAAACCACAAUCGAUUGCUGUUGGUGAUUUAAACGGCGAUCAAUGGCUAGAUAUUAUUGUCACGAAUGGUUUUAAAAAAAGAGUCGGUCUUUUUUUUGGAUAUGCCAACGAAACUUUCACUGAGCAAAGAUCGUUUUCCACUGGUAUUCAGUCUUUUCCACGGGGAGUUAUCGUUAAUGAUUUUAACAGUGAUGGCUUGUUAGAUAUUGUUGUGGCCGAUUCUUUCACUAGUAUGAUUCAAGUAUAUCUUGUAGAUAGUAUUAGAUUGUUUGACACAAAAACAACAUAUUCAACAGGUAAUGAAUCACGGCCAUGUUCAGUUGUUGUUGCUGAUUUGAACAAUGAUGAUCGAAUCGAUAUUAUUGUUGCUAAUAAAGGUACAAACACUAUUGGUAUCUUUCUUGGCUAUGACAAUGGUACUUUUGCAAAUCUAAUUACAUAUUCAACUGGAGAAAAUUCUAAUCCUUGUGCAGUCGUUGUACAUGAUUUCAAUAAUGACGAUCGAUUAGAUAUUGCUGUAGCUAACUCAAAUACGAACAAUGUAGGUAUCUUAUUGGGACAUGGAAAUGGAACUUUUGCAAAUAUUACUACCUAUCCAACUGCAGAUGGUUCUCAACCAUGCUCGAUAGCUGUAAGUGAUUUCAACAAUGAUCAUCAACUGGAUAUUGCUGUUGUUAAUUCCGGUACUAACAAUGUAAUGAUUCUACGAGGAAAUGGUAAUGGAAGUUUUGUAUUUGAUUCUUUUAUCGCCAUGGGGUAUGAAGCUCGCCCGAAUUCUAUUGGAGUUGGUUAUUUCAAUCAAGAUCAUUGGAUAGAUAUAGCUGUCGCAAAUUAUGGUGCAGGAAACAUCGAAAUUCUAUUGAAGAAAUGCUGA